AUUGUUGCGAGAAUGGCAAAAGCAAUCAUUGAUCAGUCAAAGCUUGGCUCGUAUUUGAGCGAAAGCAAGGUAGUCUUGUACGACGCGGUCUUUCACCUUAGGCAGCAGCAAAGGAAGCUGUGCCGCUUUGCUACAGACCGGGCCAGACGUUGGUGUGCGAUUUCUUGCACAGGGCGAAACCGCCAAGGCUGGCUGACCGGCCUGACGUGCAGCCCAUUCUUGUGUUUGGAAGAAGCAUCCACGGUCAAUCAUCAGUCACAGCCUCAGCAUCGACUCUUCUGUGUAUCACGCCACCAAACCUUUAUUGCCAGCUUCCGUCUUUGCUAGCAUCCGUGUAGCGCUGCCGUUCACCGAGCAGGCCGCACAGAGCUAUGGUUCUAGACACAGCCCAGGAUGCGCCACAGAGCCGUGUAUCUCGAUGGAACGUCCAGAGUGAGCAAUUUGGACUUGCAAGAGUCGCAAGUCGGCCUGCGACUCUGUUAGCCCACCUGCUACCAAUGUAUUGCCUGCUUCACCUCUGCAACAGUGCUGGCUGUGGAUAACUCACAACCAGCUUGGCGUGAGAUCUUGUGCCACGGGAUCGAGACGGAAGAGGGCUGCAAAGAUCUCAUCUCCCAGGUUUUAAAUGCAAAUAAUUGGUCCGCGAAUUUCUUCGGUUUGACCUCUUUGGUUGCGUUUUUCAUGAUGACCAGUGCUGUUAAACUCUAUGCUCUCUGUUGUGCGGUAUAUUACGGCUCCAAAGACAAUCUAAAAGCCACCCCUCGGAUGUACGCGCUAGCAUUCCAGUUUGAUUCUGGGGUCCAAACGCUGUCCCGCUUUUUGACGUCCUACCUUUCUCUGUACAUCGUGCGGUUCUUCGGCAUCCGUAUACCGCUACUCAUCUCUGCCAUGAUGACGGCUCUGGGAUGUGUGGCCUUGUGGCACCUGCCAUCGGACAAGUCAACCUGGAGAGAGAACAGCCCGUCCGGAAACCUUCAUGACACAUUUCAGACUAUCAAGACCAGGUUACCGAACCUCAAAGCCGGAUUUAUUCUGGUUGUCACCUUUUGCCUCUGCCCACUAUCAAUAGGAGGUGGGAACUUUGCCUUUGGAUUCAUGUCCUAUCGACUCUCAUUGCACGACGACCACGACAGACAUACCCGAGAAGCCAAGGUCGUUGGCUCCUUGGGGACGACAAUCGUAUCUCUAACGUCGAUUGCCUGGUUCAUGUACCAGGGUAAACAGGGUGCCAACAGUCUACUUUAUAACCUAGGCCUGACAAUCAUGAAUGUCUGCCUCGGCAUCGCGGGCGCCGCACUAUUCAUCGGCACAUCGUCAUUCAGAUCAUUGACAGCCGGAUACGCUCUCAUAGAGAUCGGCCGACAGUCCUUGACGCUCAUGAAGUCCGUUUUGGCCGCCUGGCUGGUACCCGUCGACCAGGAGGAAGAUGAGGGGCCACAAGGAGGUGAUACCAGGCCACUUCUCGAACCAAGAGAUUAUUUUCCAAAUUACGGAGCAAACGGCAAUACGGCAAGGCCUCAAAUCGCUGUGGAACAAGAUUCGGAGCCAUCGUCUUCUCCAAGUCUUCAUUCUAACAUCGCAAGCCACGAGGCAGAGGAAGAGCAAAUUGUUAUUCCCCAGCGCAAUACGGUGCGCGAACAGAAGCGACUUGUCGGCUUCGGCAUCGACGUGCUCCUCGAAGCCGUGCCCAAGCUUGGAAUAGGGCCCGCGAUGCAUAGUCUGCUACAGCUGCAGAAACAGGGCUCAUGGUGCUGGCCGUAUGUGUUCGUGGCUGCCUCCAGUACACUCGCACUUGUCUUUUUGCUAGCAGCUACAUGGUUCUCGUGGUUGGAAGUGGACGCUAGUGACAGUUCACCUGGCAAUGACUAUAGCGACUCCAGCGAAGCCACAGACCUACAGGAGGGAGAAAUCUAGACCACAGAUAAUUCCGCAAUGUCAAAGUGUUACGUGUUAU